UCAUCAUAAUACAUUUGAUAAAAGUAAUGUUAAUCAAUAUAUGAAUAAUAAUAAUAAUAAUAAUGCUCAAAAAAUAAUGUUUAAACAUAUUAAAUCUUAUCCUCCAAUACGAAAACUAUCAACUAGGACUAAUAAUAAGAAUAAUAUACUUAAUACUCAUAAUCACCAUUCAUUAAUACCUGUAUUCCAGGGGAAGUUAAUUAGUUCCACUGUUCCGAUGACAGUAAAUACUAUUACUACUACUACUACUACGACGACGACGAUGACGACUACGAUUACGUCUACUAACACUGUCGUAUCUAGUUGUUUGAUGUCAAAUUUAGCAUUGAAAAAGAAUUAUUUAGGUUAUAAUUUAGAUGAACACAACAUAAAACAAAUUAAUAAAUAUACAAGUUUCAAAGAAACUGAUCUAACUCCUAAAUAUUUAGACAAUAUUAAAAGUGCAUCAAUAUCAGAUUUAAGUCAUUCCGGUUUAAGAAUUAAUCAUAAAAUUAUGAAUAAUAAUAAUCAUCAUAAUAAAUCAAUAGAAGUAUCACCUUUAUUGAGUAAAUCAUCAUCUGGAAUAAUCAAGACAGAACUGAAUUCAUUCAGUGAUACAUCCAUUACACUGGAUCCUAUAAAUCAUCAUCCUAAAAUAACAAUUAUUCGUGAAAAUAAUCAUAAUAUAAAAAUGAAUUCAUAUCCAAAAUUACCAAUAACAACUAGAUCAGCUUAUAGAAAAGAUAUCCAAUUACAUAAUAAUAAUACUAAUAAUAGUAAUAUUCCAUCUUACAAAUCAUCAAUUAGUCAAUCUCCAUUAUCAAAUAUAUCUUGUGAAAGUUUACCAAAUGUAAAUAAUUCUAUCAUAAAACAAUUUAAUUCAUCAACAUUAUAUCUGAACAAUAAUGAUAAUAAUAAUAAUUAUUAUAAAAUGAAUGAUAUUACAUGGAAGAUUCCUGAUACGAUAGAACGAUAUAAUUCAAAUGAAGAGAUUGGGGUAGAUCUUUCAACUUCAGAAAAAAUUAUGCAAUAUACUACUAAUAAUACAACUACUACUAUUACUACAACAACAACAACAACAACUACUACUACUACUGCUACUAAUAGUAAUAAUAAUCAAUCAUAUAUAAAUAAAAUUGGUUUAUUGAAACAAUAUGGUCAUUAUAAAUCAACACCAAAUAUAAAUACAACAAUAAAAAAAUCAAGAACACCAAUAAAAUUAACAAAAGUCAAAGAAGAAUAUGUGACACAUAUAGCUAGACCAUUAAAACCGGAAUUCGGUAUAAAUCAUUAUAAUGCAUUCAGUGAACAAGAUUUAUCUGGGAGAAUGAUAAAAUUAAAUGAGAAAGAAAGCAAUCGAAGACAUAGUGAAUUGAAUUAUUUGCAUAGUCCAUAUGAUCAUUAUUCAUAUCAACAUAUAAAUCAAAAGAAAUUAGAUGGUAAUAUUGAUGAUCAUGUUGACAAUGUUCAAUUAACAACAUGGCGACAUAAUAGUUACGACCGAAAUUUAGAUAAGAAAUCAGAUGAGGAUCCUAUUCAACCAAUCAUUAUACAAAGACAUUAUGGUUCAAAUAAUUUCAUUUCAAGUAAACCUUUGGAUAAGAAUAACUUAUUAUGUUCUGAACACCAUAAUUAUCAAUCUAAUCAUUAUUAUACAAAAAAUUUACAUUCAGAAUCUCCAUCAGAUCAUUUUAAUGGUCAUUUAAGCUAUCAUCCAUCUGAAGAAUCAUUAUUAAAUGAUACAAAAGCAUUGAAUGGAUUUAAUAAUAAUCAUGAUUAUUGUAAUUAUUCACAAUCAUUAAAUUAUAAUUACAUAUGUAAUGGAAUUAAUUCUAUGAAUGAUACAAAAUUAAGUGGAAUCUAUAAAAAAAUUAAUCAGAAACAACCUAAUCGUAUAUUACCUAGAAGGCCACGUUCAUUAAUACAAGAUAAUCAUUAUGAUAUUAAUAUUAAUAAUAAUAAUAAUAAUCAUAAUAAUAAUGAUCAAUAUGAUAUAUCCAAUGAAUUACGUAAUAACCAUGGUUACAGUUAUAAUAAUAUUUAUGAUAGUUUACAUAAUAAUACUAAUGAGUACUACAAUUAUAAAGAGUCCACUGAUGAUUUACAUUCGAUUACACCGAAUCUAUUCCGAAAAUAUGAUUCUCAACAAUCAUAUCAUAGUAAUAAUACUAUAAAUGAUAAUAUUAGUAUGAUUACGGAUGGUUAUCAUUCAUAUGAUUAUCGAUGUAAUAAUAAUAAUAAUGAAAUAGUUAAUAAAACACGAACAUGGACAAAAACAGAUCUUGAUGUUGCGUAA